AGGAGGAUCUGCAGAUAUCGCAUGGAAGAAAGAGGCUGCCAAUGAGAUGAAAGUGGUGCUGGGAUUAGGUUCGGCUUGGUUGUACCUGGUGGCGGUGGUCCUCACCAGUGCGUCGCAGAUACAGGUCGAGACAAGUGUGGCUCCAAUCAUCACUUCAACAACUGCACCUCUGGACUUAAAGGACUUGGGGAGGGAUGGUGGACAAACGAUCCAGAGUGUCACUGACAGCACAGAGACUACAGCUGAAGUCACAGCCUUUAGCUUCACAGAGGAGUCUACUACUGACACAGCCAUGACACCUGUAUCUAUUACUCAGGCAGGUGCAGUUACUUCAUCCACAGCUUCAGAGAGCCCCGUGGACACACAAACUCCACUGGGAUCAUCGACCACUCGAAGUUCCGGACACACCUUUUCAUCUCUGUCUGCCAGCACCUCUGUGGGGAGUACCCCCUCUGUCCUGUCCUCCAUCACAGCCUCUGACCCAACAACUACAGGAGGGUCCCAGAGCAUCACAGGGCCAACUCACCAGGAGACACCCUCGCAGCUCAAUGUUGGCGGUGAAGAUUUUAAGGGGAGUGGCCACAGCUCCCUGGACCCCCUGCUCGCUGGCCUUCUGUCGAUGUUUAUCGUCACCACGGCAGUCAUCUUUGUGGUUCUUUUUCUCAAGUUUAGGCACCAAAACAACAACCCAGAGUUUCACCGGCUCCAGGAUCUACCAAUGGAUGAUUUGAUGGAAGACACACCUCUUUCAAGAUACACCUAUUGAACCUAUUGAUGCCUCUUGUAAUUACCUUCUAGGGGAUGAAAAUGAAAAUAUAGUUUAAGUGUGGAUGUGUUUAUGCUGCAUGCACAUCCACUGUGAGAGUGAUGCCAUAAAACAUUAGUCAUGUGUAGCUGCUUUACUGUUGAAAUUACUUAAAUAAGUUCUGGCAUUACCAUUUUUUUUACAUUUGACAUUCCCUUUUAAACUCAGAGAUGGUCAGUCAGGAAAGUUUGACUUAUCCAGACUGGCGUUAUUACAUAUGCACAGCACUUUAAAGUGGCAGAAGUGACCAUAGUGCCCUCUAGUGGACAUAAGAGGGCUCAAGGUAAAUGUAUAAAGUAUGUGUCCAAAACCUUUUGACAGUGAAGAAGCAGCUGAAAGAAAUAUGUGGAUUAAAGUUCUAACGUACUCAGUUUCUAUUUGAAAACACAGUCCAACCCCCAAACGUAAAAGAAACAACAAAUGAGCCCGGUCGUUCUGCAGUCUUUAAUAUCAGUAUCAAAAGUGAAUUUAUAACCUGACAAACAAGGGUAGUUUCCUCAAUAAAUUACAUAUUUAUAGGCUGAUCUGUUGAUAAAGUACUACUGGAAUAUUGUCCUGUUUUUUCAACAAAUAUAAUAUUUGUAAUAGGUGUUCAUAAGGGUUAUGUUAUUUUGUCAGUAAUGAGCUUUGAGUUGUCUAAUAGAUUGUUUCCUGAAUGGCUCUAACCAGAAGCUUUGAGCAGAAUCUUUGGUUUUAUUAUUUACCCAGUGUUGCCUUAUGGGUUAUAGUAUUGCCUUAAAUGUGAUGUAGGUUAAGUGUGAUAUAAAGCAAAUAUAUUUGUGAUUUAAAGUGACAGGCUUUUUUGAUAAUAAAAUUAUGUUAAAAGAA